CCCCGUUGAUGCUCGUUCUUCUUUGUGGUGGGAGGGGGAUAGGGGUUGAUUCGUGAUUCUGGUUUUAUUGAGUGGUAUGCCCCUUACAACUAACCGCUCUCAAACAACGCUGACUAUCCUGGAAAAUGAGGCAAGAACAGAAGUAUAUCCCCGAGUAAGCCAUCUAUCAAACCCAAUAUACAACCCUCCCCAAAGCCUCACCCCAAACCUCAAUCCACCCACCAAAGCCCACUCCCAAACCUAUCACUACCAAAUUUACCUACCACCUCACUCCCUCGCCAACGCUCUCCGUACCACCAACCCUCACCACCCGUCCAUCCUCUCAGUCGCCCCUCGCCCCUUACAGCAUACAUACACCUGCCGCCACCCGUCCACCCGCCCGUAACCGUCCUCGUCCCCCCCGACGCGGCCCAAAGACGGGCCUAUUUCCCCCAAACAAAGACAAAGGAUCAAAAUAGUUCUACUGUUAUACGGGACUUUGGUGCUUUCACCGGGGUGUCGAUGGCUUACCAUGUCCGUCUCCCGAGCAAACCGUGGCGAGGGGGUUAAGGCUGAGGGCAUUGGGACAAAGGAUGGGUUUGGGUGGGAUUAGGAUGGGCUGGGCUAUGGGAAUUCCAACCCCCCCAUCUCCUCCCUACUGCCGAUAAAAUGCAACACAUACACCCCUGGCCAGACGUGCCUAUCCAUGUAUCUACCGCCAACACCGGGGGACAGCGGGGUGUGGGGUCGACGGGGUCAGGGCGGCAUGGGAGGAGUUACAGUAUACAUAGUACCCCUAGCGGUGAACGAAACAGCUUUCCCCAUCCCCCCAGCGCCGCCCGCCGCCCCGUCCCGUUUUCCCCAUAACUCAAUUGACCCCAAACAGGCUGAAUCUCACCUCACCUCGGCUCGGUGUAAAAAAAAAAACGGGGCGGGGGAUGCAUGGGGAUGCACGCCCACCCCGUUUUGCGUACGUACCACACCAGCAAGGACAGGUAUCUACGGUUAGCUGCAUGCUACUAGCCGCAUGAUGGAUCGGACUGCUGGGGAACAGAGCGAAGGUUACAAACAGGGAGAGGGAGUUGCACAAAAACUGUGAUGUGAGG